CAGACAGCAGUCAAACGAGUGUGUCUACGACGACGGACGUACGUUCGAAUUCUCCCCUACGAUAGACAAACAAUGGCCGAUGAUAUUGAAGAGAGCUGGUUGAUUUCCUUAGUAGAAGAGAGGCCGGUGAUAUGGGACAGGACCAUUGCUGAGUACAAAGAUAAAGCCCGCACUUUUGAAGCUUGGAGGGAAAUAAGCGCAACGUUGAAUCAAGACUUCCCUAGUAUGACUAAUGGGGAGAAAAUUUUAUAUGGAAAAAAACUCACAAAAAAAUGGAACUCGUUGCGAGAUAGCUGGAUGAAGUGCCACAAAAAGUUACUCAAUAAAACUACAGAGGAAGCCAAAAAGGUUAAGAAGUAUUUUUUUUAUGAUCAAAUGAUAUUCCUAAGUAAAAUUGCACCUUCAUGGGGUCAUUCAAAUGACAUUAACAAUACCUAUGAGGAAAGGUGUGAUACUAGUGAAGAUGAAGAAGGUGAUCAUAGUAACAUACAAACAUCAUACAAAAAGAGAAAAAUUGAACCACCUGAGACUAGAAACGUUGUGUACUAUAUUGAUGAAGAGGAAGAUUCAAUUCCAACUCCAAAUAAGAAGAAAAAAAUUGAAAUGGAAAUGUCACAGAUGAAAGAUUACGUAUCAAACGAAGUGGAUUCUAGGUUAUUGAAAUUUAUAAAUUCAAUUCAAGAUAAAGAGAAAUGUAGUCCGGUUAUGUCGUUUUUUAAAGGGAUCGAGCCGACUGUUGCAAAGUUUGACGAGACAGACUUAGUGGAGUUUCAGUAUGAAGUGUUGAGCGUCAUUAGAAAUAUCCAGCAGAAAAAUUAUUCAAUGAAAUAAAUAUAUCGCUAAGUGCUUUUCUAUCAGCUAAAGUCGGCUGAAGUUCGACUGUCUUCUAAAAGUUGGAAAAUAGGACUCUUUUAUGGAAAAUCUUAAAAGA